GUGACAAGUGAGCUAGUAUAUAGAGAGUAAGGAUCUUGUUAUCUAGGCAAUAGUCCUUAAAAUCCUAGUUAAGGUGGCUCUUAUGGCUGUCCAAGAUAAGUAGCCUGUAUCCCCCUACCUAACGCGCUCUUGUAUGCGCGUUAAAAUGCUUCAACUACUCAAGGCUAAGCGCAUUAUUUGUCUAGCUGUUCUUAGAGACAGAGAGCUUCUAAUUGGUUGCAUAUCUAGUAGCGCAGAUGCUCUGUAUAACUGUAACCUACUCCUAAUUGCCUGGCUGAACAAGCUUAGGUUGAGCGCGUCUCUUAGCGCCUGUGACAACCUUUAUUAACCCUAUCACGCCUAUCUAGAACCUAGUCUUAUUAAAGUUGUGCAUGUUAUUAUUGUAGAUGCUAUACUUAGCCUUAGUACC